AUGUCUGGAGUUAAGAGAGCACUAAAGUUGGACACUGUUAAAAAAGAUAAUCUAUCUGAAGCAACACCCUUGAAGACCAAAAAGAAAGAUCUGAAUUUCUACUCACCAACAACAGGAACAUGCCAAAUGAGUCCAUUUUCAUCUCCCAUAAGUCAUAAUGUACAAAAUCUCAGAAAUGGUCUAUCAAAUGCAUAUGGAACUGAGCAGAAAGAUUCAGGGAUCGGAUUAUCCAGAAGAGGGCAGCCUCAAACAGAGGAGAAGGUUGAGUUCAUGAAAUUGCAGUCCAAAGUUAAAAAUUCAUUGGCUAGAAUUUUGAAAGUGAGAGAGAAUCUGAACAGCCUACAGGCUUUAGAGGGCAGUAGAGAGCUUGAAAAUGUUAUCGGUGUCUCCGACUUGUCUUGCAUCUUGAGUGCCGAAAUGCAGAAAACCCAAGUGCUAAUGAGUCAGGCAGAAGAAUUACAGCUGUUGAAAAGAAGCCAUGAAAAACUACCUGUCCGAGAAGAUAUUGAUUAUUUGUGUGUGGUGAGAGAUUUGGAAAAUUCAAUUAAAGGAGUUGUGCAAAGGUUUCAUAAAUUUUCCGUGUACAGCGUGUACACAGACAUUGUUGCGUAUUAA